UGAUUUAGACCAAUGACACUAGAGUUUCUAAUGUAAGUAUAUGAUUUUCAGCCUAAUUGCCAGCACUUUUUAUUGUUUUAAUCAUACUGAGUACAUUGAGCGAUGUGUGAAGUAAUAAUUGCUCAAACCGGCAUAAUUAUGAUAACCUCCCACAACAAACCCACAUCAGUGUUGUUAAUGUGGUCGCAGCAUACCUACUUGGUAACCUUGUGGGUCAGGAUUCAAGUCCCAGGUUGGACAAACCUGCUGCCAAUAGAAACGAUGAUGACGUCAGACAUGGCUUAAUAAUGGUUAUAAAUAUUGUUUUUUUUUUUUGCUUGGAGUCAGCAAUGUUACCAAAGUACCUUAUAUUAAGUAGUCAGGUACGAGACGAAUUUUUACCAGCGAAGCAAGCAUGCAGUAUGUUUCAACGGCAUAAUUAUCUUGGUCUGCAUUGCUUCUUUACACGCCGCUGAAAGACCCAAAUAAGGAGGAAUAUUUGCCAGAAAACUGCUCCAUAUUCUAUUCGCGCAGCAUACGAUAGAAUACAAUGAGUUAUGCAAACGAUGCGCCCGCGCACUCGAGGGAUGUCCCCUAUGCAAACAGUACUGGACUUUACCGUUAUUCGUCACUGUCACUGCCAUAUAAACUCAGUACGGGUGUAUUUGAGCCCAUUUCGUCAAAAGCGACAUAAUUGUUAACAUAAUUUUUAGGGUCUAUUUUUGCAUAUCAACAUUGUGUAUCAUUAUAAUUAACUUAUCAGUGUUAAAAACUAUAAUUAUUUCACUAUAAGUGUCUGUUGAAAUCUCAGAACAUAAUGAAGUAUUUAUUUAGUGUUAUAUUCUUCGUGUUUUUCUGUUCAGUGUUUACAACGGAAUUGCGCGAAGAGGAGAAAUGGAAGAUGAGGAAAUGGCGACACAAACGGGAAGACGACCGUUGGAACUGGGGAUACGUGGAUAUCACAGAAAAGUUUGGUGAGCUCAAGAGUACCACCGAGGAUCCAGUGACGCCAGCGCAGAACUCCACACCAUGCAUGCCAUAUGUACGACCGCCUACACCAGACUUCAGUGCAUCUGGUAGAAGAAUCAGCGAAGUCAAAUGCUACGAAUACAUCUGGGAUGUGAAAAUAAGAGACGAAAUGGACAAAGAGAGAUUAGCAUGUAUAAAAUACAGGCAAAAACACAGAGGCAUUUUGAAGCCCAGCUUUGCCAUCGGAGGUCGUGAUACUGGUCCUGGGGAGUUCCCGCAUAUGGGCGCCAUAGGUUGGAAGGCGACUAUCGGCACGUUGUUCAAAUGCGGCAGUUCGCUCAUUAGUAACAAGUUCGUGCUGACAGCAGCGCAUUGUUCCAAAGCAUCCUCAGCCGAUACAACCAUCGCCGAUCCUGUACCAAAGAUCGUACGACUAGGAGAUAAGAAUAUUAUUGAUGUGCUCGUAAACGGUGCUUUGCCUAAAGACAGGAAUAUCAUUAACAUAAUAGUGCAUCCACAAUACUCUUCUCCAAAGAAGUACUACGACAUAGCUCUGAUGGAAUUGGAUGAAGUGGUCAUCUUCACAAAACUUAUACAACCAGCGUGUCUUUGGAGCAAAAUGGAUACUAGCAGCCUUGGAAAAGAAGCUAUUUUGACUGGCUGGGGUGUUGUAGAAUCAGGAGGCAAGACAAUAUCACCAGAACUCCAGGCGGCUGUUGUUGACAUCAUAGACACUCCUCAAUGCGAGCAGCUGUUGAGUAGAUACUGCAACAGAAAAUGGUGCGGACUCCAGGAACACCAGCUCUGUGCAGGCAAGUUGGCUGGAGGCGUUGAUGCUUGCCAGGGUGACUCCGGGGGACCUUUGCAAGUAAAGAUCUCUCUCCCAAUUACGACGCAGGGCACCUUGAGCCACGUCAUAGGCGUGACGUCAUUCGGCGUCGGGUGCGCACUUCCAAACCUGCCCGGGAUAUACACCAGAGUAUCCAGCUUUAUUGAUUGGAUCGAGGAAAACGUUUGGAAACAAUAAUUUCGACAAAAUUUAAAAGUGGCUAUGUUUGGACGUAGCUAUAUUUAAUAAGUUUGACUGAAUUAUAUUAAGGUUCAUAAUUUAAUAAAAGUUUUAAAUACUACAUAA